UCAUUGUUCCAGUUAGGUCGAGUCGAGAAUCGACGGGAGGACCCAGCUCCAUCAGCUCCAGCUUACCAUACCUUAACUGGUAGCCCAUCCAUCUCAUCACUCCCCAUCGUAACACAUCUCUCAAGCUGCAACUUUUGUUUCCCUCAAAGACGACAUUUUUGACGAUCGAUACCCUCACGACGAGGCUGAACACAGCUCAUUUUUGUUUUCGCUUAUACCCGCUUCAAAGUCAACAACAAAUAUAAACAUGGCUGACACUGGUCUUCCUCCGGGCUGGGAGGUUCGACACUCCAACUCCAAGAACCUCCCCUAUUACUUCAACUCUGCUGAAAAGCUCUCACGAUGGGAACCUCCCUCCGGCACCGAUACCGAGAAGCUUAAGCAUUAUAUGGCUACUAACCACAGCGCUGGCUCUCGUCCCGGUGCCGUCGCUGGUGUCCCUGAGGGCAAGAUUCGCGCUGCCCAUCUACUAGUCAAGCAUCGCGACAGUCGACGACCCAGCAGCUGGAGAGAGGCUGAGAUCACGCGCACCAAGGAGGAGGCUCUUGAGAUCAUCCAGGACCACGAGCAAAAGAUCAAGUCUGGUAGUGUCACACUUGGUGAGCUCGCUCUUAGUGAAUCCGACUGCUCUUCUGCUCGUAAGCGAGGCGACCUUGGAUACUUUGGCAAAGGAGACAUGCAGAAGGAGUUCGAAGAUGCUUCCUUUGGUCUCCAGCCUGGCCAGAUGAGCGGAAUUGUGGAGACAGCUAGCGGCCUUCACUUGAUUGAGCGCCUGGAAUAAACUGAAAAGUAUAUAUAAUUGACCAAAUUUUGUAAAUUGACAAAGCAGAGCGUAUCGUUGACGUCCUCGCGCCAUACCUCGCCGAUCGCUUCUGUCGAUAUCCUUUGAAUCGUGAUAUACAUGUGGUUGACUUCGACACCAUAUUUUCAAACUUCAGUGAGACUGGGAGUCAUUUAAAUCUUGUUUAUUCUACAUUAUUCUUCCAUGUCUAAAUAUCUACAGUACCCAACCACAACUGGCUUCUACCAGACUUGCUUUUUGUC